GAGCAAUCUCCCACAAGCAUGAGCCUGCUGGACAUGUCUUUGGGGGGAGAUGGGGGAGAGGACAGGGGGUUGUUGGUACCGGGCGUCCUAAAGGAGGGCGACGGCGGCCAACUUUGCAGCCAGGUGGGGGAGGGGUGCCUGGACUCGGGGGGCGACUCUGGUCGUCCCGAGCCUAGGGCCUCCUCCCUACCGGAAAGGGUUAGGUCUAUCGGUAGGGACCUUGACAAGCUUCUCCUGGCGGAAAAGGAGAAGAAGAAGCUCUCGGCGGCCGUUCACAAGGCCAUCUUGGAUAUCAGGGGAAGGUACGAGGUGAUUUUGGACGAGGUAUCUCACCAGAAUGUGAUUCUGGAGGGCAGGUUGGAGGAGGCUAGGGCUGGACACGUCUGUGGGGCGUCGGAGAAGAGGAGGGUGAAGACCACCACGGAGAACGCGGUGCCGCCAUCCCAGGAGGUGGCGAAAACCAAACCUCCGAAAGCGGCGGCGACAAAGAAGCCGCCGAAGAAGAAGCCGGUGGAGGUAUCAGUACCUCCAGCCAAGGACAAUGGGCAGUUCACGGUGGUGGUGUCCAAGAAGAAGAAGAGGAAGAAGAAGAAGAAGGGUUGCAGCGGCGCUGCUGUUCCUGGGGUCCCAGUGGCUCCGGAAAAGACCGCCAAGGCCAUGGAGAGGGUGAAGGCCAGGGCUCCGGCCCGGGCUUUCAUCGUCUCCGCGGAGGGGGCGAGCGCUGGGGAGGCCAGAAAGAAACUCUGGGCCGACCUGGUUAAGGAGGUGGGGGUCCCCAGGAUCAGCAGGGCUGCGAAUCUGCCCAGAGGUGACAUCCUCGUGAAGCCGGCUGAUGAGGGCACGUACAAGGCCCUCAAGGACAUGGAGGCAGCGGGCAAGACGGUCAGGGAGGAGAAGGCCAGGUGGCCAACCGUGCUCAUCUAUGACGUGGACCGGGACGUGGAAAGCUCUAAGCUAUCGGGAAUGAUUAUGGAGCAGAAUCCAGAGUUAGGGUUGGAGAAAGAGUCGGUGGUACCCCUCUUCAUGAAGGGUAGCAAGGCUGAAGAACAGGUGUGGUGGGUAUGCUCCGUCAGACCCAGCCACUUCAGGACGAUAGUAGGGAAAAGCCUGUACAUAGGCAUGUCCAGGUGCAGAGUCAAAGAGUACGUGGACAUUGUGAGGUGCUUCAAGUGCCAACGUUUCGGGCACAGGGCAGCCAUGUGUCAGGCGAAGGCGGACACUUGUGGACGUUGUGCGGUCCAGGGCCAUAGGGCUAGAGACUGCGAGGGCGGGCCAGUCAAGUGCGCCAACUGCGGAUUGAAGUUCCAGUCGGGACACUCGGAUUGUGUGGCGAUGGUAAAGGCGACCUUCAUGGUCGCCCGUAGGACAGAUUUUGGACCAAAAUGAACUC